AUGGCGAGGCGCCGGGCGGCGGGCGGGGGCGGGCGCGCCGCCGCGCCUGCCGCCGCGCCCGCCCCCGCGCCCGCCCCCGCGCCCGCCCCGGCCCCAGCGCCCGUUUCUGCCCCGGCGCCCGCCGCCAACAGUCAGCCAGGGCCCGCCGCCGCGCCCGCGCAGGUGGCCAAGGCCGACUCGCCCAAGACUGCGCUGCAGCCGGCGCCCCCGCCGCCGCAGACCCUGGCGGCCAGCUGCCCGGCCGGCGCGGGGGCCGGCAUGAUCCUCGGGCCAACUAUGCAAGGGGCUCUGCCCGCCGCCGCCGCCGCCGGCCUCCCACCGCCGGCCCCCGGUACCCCCACCGGGCUGCCCAAGGGCUCGACCAGCGCGGUGACCCAGAGCCUGCCCAGGACGCCCUCGGCCACCACCGGCGGGAUCCGGGCCACGCUGACGCCCACGGUCCUCGCCCCACGCCUGCCGCAGCCGCCGCAGAACCCGACCAACAUCCAGAACUUCCAGCUGCCCCCAGGUAUGGUCCUCGUGCGGAGCGAGAACGGGCAGCUGUUAAUGAUUCCUCAGCAGGCCCUGGCCCAGAUGCAGGCCCAGGCCCACGCCCAGGCCCAGCCUCAGACCGCCAUGGCGCCCCGCCCGGCCACGCCCACAAGUGCCCCUCCCGUGCAGAUCUCCACCGUGCAGGCACCUGGGACCCCCAUUAUUGCACGGCAGGUGACCCCAACGACCAUAAUCAAGCAAGUGUCUCAGGCCCAGACGACGGUACAGCCCAGCACCGCGCUGCAGCGCUCUCCCGGGGUUCAGCCUCAGCUUGUUCUGGGUGGCGCUGCCCAGACACCCUCACUUGGGACGGCGACAGCUGUUCAGACGGGGACACCUCAGCGAACGGUCCCGGGGGCCACCACCACCUCCACAGCCGCCACGGAAACUAUGGAGAAUGUGAAGAAAUGUAAAAAUUUUUUAUCUACGCUAAUAAAACUGGCUUCAUCUGGUAAACAGUCUACAGAGACAGCCGCUAACGUGAAAGAACUGGUACAGAAUCUGCUGGACGGAAAAAUCGAAGCAGAAGAUUUCACUAGUAGGUUAUACCGAGAACUUAAUUCUUCACCUCAACCUUACCUUGUGCCUUUCCUGAAGAGGAGCUUGCCCGCCUUGAGACAGCUGACCCCCGACUCCGCGGCCUUCAUCCAGCAGAGUCAGCAGCAGCCGCCACCGGCCUCGCAGGCCACCACCGCGCUCACGGCUGUGGUGCUCAGCGGCUCGGUGCAGCGCACGGCCGGGAAGACGGCGGCCACCGUGACCAGCGCCCUCCAGCCCCCUGUCAUCAGCCUCACGCAGCCCACGCCGGUGGGCGUCGGCAAGCAGGGGCAGCCCACGCCGCUGGUGAUCCAGCCGCCUCCCAAGCCUGGAGCGCUGAUCCGGCCGCCGCAGGUGACGCUGACACAGACGCCCAUGGUGGCGCUCCGGCAGCCCCACAACCGCAUCGUGCUCACCACGCCCCAGCAGAUCCAGCUGAACCAGCUGCAGCCAGUCCCUGUGGUGAAACCUGCCGUGUUACCUGGAACCAAAGCUCUUUCUACUGUCUCAGCACAAGCAGCUGCUGCACAGAAAAACAAGCUCAAGGAGCCCGGGGGAGGCUCGUUUAGGGACGACGAUGACAUCAAUGACGUAGCGUCGAUGGCCGGCGUGAACCUGUCGGAAGAAAGUGCGAGAAUAUUGGCUACGAACUCUGAGUUAGUGGGCACCCUGACGCGGUCCUGCAAAGACGAGACCUUCCUCCUCCCGGCGCCUCUGCAAAGAAGAAUAUUGGAAAUAGGUAAGAAACACGGCAUAACAGAGUUACACCCAGACGUGGUGAGUUACGUGUCACACGCCACGCAACAGAGGCUGCAGAACCUUGUAGAAAAGAUAUCAGAAACGGCUCAGCAAAAGAACUUCUCUUAUAAGGAUGAUGACAGAUACGAGCAGGCAAGUGAUGUCCGGGCUCAGCUCAAAUUUUUUGAACAGCUUGAUCAAAUUGAGAAACAGAGAAAGGACGAACAGGAGAGAGAGAUCUUGAUGCGGGCAGCAAAGUCUCGGUCCAGACAAGAAGAUCCAGAGCAGUUAAGGUUGAAACAGAAGGCAAAGGAGAUGCAGCAACAAGAACUGGCACAGAUGAGGCAGCGAGAUGCCAACCUCACAGCACUGGCUGCCAUCGGGCCCAGGAAAAAGAGGAAAGUGGACUCUCCGGCACCGGGAUCGGGAGUAGAGGGCUCGGGCCCAGGCUCAGCGGUCCCAGGCAGUUCCGGCGUCGGAACCCCCAGACAGUUCACGCGACAAAGGAUCACGCGGGUCAACCUCAGGGACCUCAUAUUUUGUUUAGAAAAUGAACGUGAGACAAGCCAUUCACUGUUGCUCUACAAAGCAUUCCUUAAGUAGCACGGACGCGGCCUCUUAGCCGGCGACGCCUGGGGACUUUUUCUAUAUUUGCAGAUGACGCCUUUUUGUAACAAGCAAAUGGGAUAUUGUUUAAAAGCAGCCACCUCUUUACAAUGGAACAGUUUUAUAUUCCUGUUUCUAAGUCAACUCUUCAGUAUGAAGGAAAACACGUUUCUGUAACAGAGAACAAGAGGCCCACGGGUACUCUUAAAGGACAAUUAAAUCUUAACUCAUCUUUGAUCGAGUGGCCUUCUUGCCAAACAAGCCAUAUAUAAAAACUGAUGGAAUCGUUUAGCAAAUAAGUAGCUGCCCUCUGUCACCUCCUAGCGGUUUCUGCAUCGUUCGUGCAUUCGGUUUAGUUCAGCCCAACUUACUGCGGAGGUGUGUCUACAGCCGAUGACCUCAUUUCAUUUAUUUUAUUUUUGUAUUAGUCAGUUGGCAAAGCAAACUGAUUUUUUUAGACUAUUUAUCUCCCUCCCGUCCCCGGCCCUCCAUUCAGGACCCUCAGGGAGCAGGCAGCUCACUGCCCGCCUGCGCCUGGGGCUCCUCCCUUUCUGCUUCGUGGGGCCCGGCGACGCGGCUCCUUCUGAAUGUGUGGGGUCAGCAUCUGUACAAAUGCAUUUUAUGUGCUAUCGUUUGUAAAGCUGUAACGUUAAAAGAGAUGAGAACCUCUGCAGCAUAAAUCUAUUUUACUUGCACUGUUUUUUAGCUAAAAGUGAAAAAACUUAGACGAAAUGAAACCAGAGUUGAGAAGAAUCAU